AUGACCCUAGGAACUGCAAUUGGCGAUCCAACGGAAGCCAACUGGGUUGGAGAGAGCUUCUUGAAGAAUGAUAACAAAGAGCUCUAUAUAGGCAGUGUGAAAGGAAACAUAGGUCACCUUGAGAUUACAGCGUUUCUUGCCUCACUGUGCAAGGUUUGUUCCAUGUUUCAGUCAGGAAUUAUCCCUCCCAAUGUCAAUCUCCUCAAACCUAAUCCGGCUAUUCACUGGGAGGACUGCCACCUUCGUGUCACCUUAUCGCCAACCUCGUUACCUUGCCAAUCCACUACUGGACGCUCGCUGAUCUCGUUGGCGAGUUCCGGAAUUGGCGGUGCCAAUGGUCAUUGUGUUGUUGAAGGUCCUCCCACAGCUGAUCCUGUAGCGCCGUUCUGGCGGUUGGAUGCCAUUCAAGCUUCUUGUCUUUUGGUGGCGGGUGGCCUUUCUCCACGUUCCACAACAGCCGUAGGCGAGUCUAUACGAGCCAUAGAUAGUGAAAAAUUACCCUCUGUAGCAGCGGCAUUCGGACGUCGAUCCAGGUCCAUGCCUUGGCGUUCUUAUGCGGUUACUUAA